CAUCCCUAACAAACGGCGAAAAAAGUCGCACAAAUUGAACGAUUCUUCGUCCUCGUUCCAUCUCUUCCCCAAUUAACCCCUCUCUCUCUCUCUCCAUUUCGCCAUUUUCGAUCCUAUUUAUUCCAAUCCAAAACCCUACCUCCCCAUUCCUACGUAGCUCGAUCUCUCACCACAAUUUGAGAAGCGGAAGUGGGGGGAAAAAGGGUAAAGGAAGGAGGGGACAUGGCGAAGCUCUACGUACAAGCGGUGCCCCCCGCGGAUUUGAACAAGAACACGGAGUGGUUCAUGUACCCUGGCGUAUGGACCACCUACAUCCUCAUCCUCUUCUUCUCCUGGCUCCUCGUCCUCUCGGUCUUCGGAUGCACCCCCGGCACGGCGUGGACCAUCGUCAACCUCGGCCAUUUCGCGAUCACUUAUCACUUCUUUCAUUGGAAGAAAGGAACUCCUUUUGCUGAUGAUCAGGGUAUCUACAACAGACUGACUUGGUGGGAGCAAAUGGACAACGGCAAACAGCUUACUCGUAACAGGAAAUUUCUGACUGUGGUACCUGUCGUUCUGUACUUGAUUGCUUCACACACAACAGACUACCAGCAUCCGAUGCUUUUCCUAAACACCCUUGCAGUGAUUGUGCUGGUCGUCGCCAAAUUACCUAACAUGCACAAGGUUCGUAUUUUCGGAAUAAAUGCAGGCGAUUAAGCGGCUGUGCUCGAAAUAUAUAUCUGUCUAUAUCUUUUAUAUAUUUUAGUUCUUGUAUGCCCAUAAAGCUAGUUAAAGGACUUCAGCGGAUGAUACGACGCAUAGUGUUUAAAGACAGUAAUCAUUGUACAGCAAACCACUUGACGGAGAAGAUAGAGAUGAUGAGUUGUGUUGUUACUAUGAAAGCGAAACUCUGUACACUGUCCAUAUUGCUAUAUGCGUGUGGAAAUCCGUUUUGAGUCUUUUCUAUGUAAAAUUUCUCGUGUUAUAUAUGUCAUAUUUCAUUUCUGGUAUUCAAAUAAGAGGAGUCUCUUUUGUGUUUUGCAUUGUGCCUGUGGUGAUAAAGUGGAAUACCGAAUAUGACACCACGAUAGAGAAAAUUAUGUA